GUUCAACACUGAUUUCACAGCCUUGAAAUUCCUUACGAUUUCCUUCCUCGAAUGAAAAUGUAUCCAGAUAAUCUCGUUGGCAGUGGCUCUCUUCAAAUCUUUUGGGUUAACCAACGCAACCGGAACCUUCAGCUGAAAUCCACAGCGCAAAUUGUUCUGUCAGUGACUGAACAUUCGACAAGCAGUGGCAACACCAGUGAUUCACUCGCAAAAGAAAACGAAAAUAUGAAGAAAGAUAGUGUAAUAUUGAACAUAUUGUGGGCUCACCAUCAAUCAUUUCGUGGGCUUUUGCUCAAGGAAACCAAGCCUGGAACUUGGGAAGGAAUGUCUAUUAAAGCUCCAACAAGUUUCAAAGGUGGAAAGUCGAAAAGGAAAAAAAUAAAAACUACAUAUUUUGGAUUUAAAUAUAUAAAAUAUUCAGCAAUAAAUAAAUGGAGAAAGAGCACUAUAAUUUUAAUUUACUUUUUUGUCUUCAAAACAAAAACUAGUGGCAAGUCGUCAAUAUUAAAAGAAAUUUAUAAGUGGAAUAUUUUUCUUAAUAUUAUGACACUCUACGAAAUUCAUCUCGUUGGAAAUAUGUUGAAUGGAUUUUGUUGCUACACAUUUGAGGAAGAAAAUCAUUAUUAU